AUGGAUUUUAAAUAUAUCCAAAAACACAUUUUAAAGAGCUUUAUAUUAUUUAAUAAUAAUUAUUUCAUUAAUAAUAAUAAUCAUAAAAAUAUUGGAUGUUUAAAAUAUUUAAUUAAAUCAAAAGUAUAUUUAGUUUCAAAAUAUUGGUUUAAAAUUGUAAAAAUAGAAGUUAACAAAUCAAUAGUUUUAAUUAAUUUUGUAGAUAAUUACCAAGAAAUUAGGAAUUAUAUAAAUCAAAUAAAAAAAAUAGAUUCAAAAUAUUCUUUAUUUAAUAACUAUGAAUUUGGUCCAAAGAAACUCACAAUAUCAUUAACAAUAUAUAAUAACAUAAUAGAAAAUUUAGAAAAUGAUUUUAAUAGAUACAAAUAUUUUGAAAAUUUAAAAAAAUUAACAAUAGUAUUAAAUAAUAGUAAUAAUAAUAAUAAUAAUAAUGAUAUAAAUUUAUAUAGUAAUAAUUAUAAUUUAAAAUAUUUAUUUACAAGAAUAAAAAAUUUAGAAAUUUUGGAAUUUAUAAUAUUAAUGCCAUUGGAUAAUUUUAUGGACAAUAGUUCAAGUUUAUACCAAUUUUUUAAAUUAAUUUUAAAUUAUUUAUUAUUAAAUAAAUGUAAUGUAGAUUUAAAAAAACUAAAUAUAUUCCAUAACAACACUAUUAUAAACAAUAAUUUUAAAAUCAAGCAAAAUUUAUUUCCUAUAGUGUCAAGUUUAAAAAUACCAAAUCUUUUCCAAUAA